AUGACGAAUGGCACGAAACCAGCUAAGAGAUUAAUCCGUAAAUAUUUGAAGAAACCAAUGAAUCACUACAUUAAACGUCAUAAUGACAACAUAAACAGUGUACUUGUUAAAAACAAAAGUUCAAAAAGUCAUAGAUCAUUAAAUUUGCACAUAUAUACAACAGCCAAGGCUCACAGGCUCACUGAGGCUCACUUUGUGAUGAAAUAUAUAAAAAAAAAAUAUUGGGUUGUCAAGUCAAACCAUGUCGACGAUAAACGCCAUCUGAAGUAUUAUCAAGAUUUUAUUUCGAUAAAUAGCAGAGGGAAAGAAAAUCAUAAUUAUAAAGGAAAGUUGAUUGAAAAUUACAAUACACAAAAUAAAAUCAGACGAUGUCAAACUUACAGAAAAAAUACAUCUAUGGAAUUAGAGACGCUUCAUUUGAAGACUACUAAAAUAUUUAAAUUCAAAAAUUACACAGUGAUAUUGCCUACGAGAAAACGGAUGACCCUGAAGGAGAUCCCUAUAUAA